CGACGACCAGCGACUUUGACUAGCAACAACGUCUCCGUCGCCUGUCCAUAGCACCAGCACAGCUAGCACCGCAUCACCUCUUUCUCUUCUUCGCCCAACACCCCUACACCUCGGAACACCCGAUCCAACCCCACACACACAAUGCCCGGCGCAAAGCGACGAGCCCUCAAGAAGCUGCUCAACGGCAACAAGGACAAGGAGGCCGUGUCCGAGCCAUCAAGCUCGGCAAGCGCAUCCGACGCGGCCCUCCCGCCGCGCGCGAGUGCCGACUCCGCGCGCUCGGCGCUCUCGGCGCGCUCGACGCACAGUACUAGCUCGGCGUCGCCCGCGUCCGCGCACAGCAGCCCCAAGCCGCCGAGCCCGGUGCUCCCGGUGCUCAACCAUGGUCUUUGGGGCGGCGGGGGCGCGCCGCGCGGCGGGAAGAAGAGCUCCAAGCAGCGAUUUGCGGAGCGCCAGGCCCGCAAAAAGCAGUCCAUCCUCGACGCGGCCCCGCCCACCGACCCAGCCUGGAACGCGCAGCUGGAAAAGGAGCGCCAGGAGGAAAUCGCCGUCAUCUCGCAGGCGUGCGACACGCUCGGCGCGAAUAUCUUCGAGAUCCAGCCCGACGGGCACUGCAUGUAUGCUGCGGUCGCUGACCAGCUUGGGCUGCUGGGGAUCUUGCCGGCGCAUCAGUCAAACAACCCCUACCACACGCGCCGCGUCGCAGCCACCUACCUCCGCCAGCACCAGGACGACUUCCUUCCCUUCCUCCCGUCGGUCGACGGCGAGGACAUGCCCGGCGCGACCGACGACGGGCUCAUGACGCCCGAGCAGUACGGCGAGUACUGCCAUCGUGUUGAGGGGACGGCCGAGUGGGGCGGUGAGCCCGAGAUCCAGGCCCUCUCCCGCGCCUUCUCCAUCCCGAUCCACGUCAUCCAGCGCGGCCCGCCAACGGUCGUGUCGCACGGCGGCGAGAACGACGCGUUUGGCGGCGCCACGAGCCCCGAGGAGAGCGCAAAGGCCGGCGCGCGCGUCGUGCGGAUUUCAUACCACCGGAGGAUGUACGGCUUGGGCGAGCACUACAACUCGCUCCGCCCCGCCACAUAGCGCUGCUGCUGCUGCAGUUCCGUAGUUAUCGUGCCCGUCCGCCAUCAAUG